AGCAGUUCUUUACGUGCACGACCUGCUGAAAAAAUGUCGUCAUCUAUAGAGCUCGAUCGCGCGAAGAAGCGGAUGCCUACACUAGGCGACUUCGCCUUGGAGAAAUUUCUUCGUAACGAACGGCAUCCAAUUUCAGAACGCAGUGAUCUUCGCAUUCCACAGGCAACGGACGACUGGGAUGUUGAAGUACAAUUGCUGGGAGUUGUUGAUAGAGAUGCGCACGGAGAUGAGGAAUGUACCUCUCGUCAUCGCGAAAUAAAUCAAGAUGAGGACGUAGCCGGCGCGGAGGAGUUGCUGGGUGCGGGUGGGGGAAUAGAUUAUGAAAUUAAGACAGGUGGCGCAGGUGCAGCUGAUGAUAGUGGUCGUGUCGUGCUGCUGCUGGCAGUACACUAAAGUUUCGGUUGCGUACUCGUACUAGUAGUACUAGUUGUAGAAGUUGCAGUAAUUGUUCUCGGUGAGGUGGCCCAAUGGGUAGCUUUUACAUCUUCUAAGUAGUAUCUUCCUCAACAGUUCUAGUUUUUGAUCUAAUGCAUGCCUGUCGCGUGCGGUAGCGGCUGAAAUCGCUGCGCUAAACGAGGAGGCCAAAGCGGCAUCCACGAACGGCAGUAGAACUUCAUCAAAAAGCAGAGAGGUUUUUUCAGCAAAUCUCAAUGGUGCUACAACUCCUACUUCAAACAAAGCCUCUUCGUCGUCAGCAUCAAGUUCAAGAACCUCGUCCAAAUACGGUGGUGCCUCUCAGCAUGGUACAAUACAUUUACAUAAGCCCACGAUUUCGAACGGCGGGAGUAAUAUGACAUCACGCACAGCGAGAGCGACUCCGAGAAGGCAAAGCAAGGCGCAACAUGCAAACAUCUGCGGAAUAUCAAGGACGAGAGAUCAACAUGUUCCAAAAUGCUACGAACCCGCUCUCAGCAGCAGAACGACUACGCCUAGACGGAGCUCUUCUAAGUCCGAUGAACAGGUCGAUCGCAUCGAUGCUAGAUCUGGAGCAGUAUUGAGCAAUGACAAGAACAACAGCGAUAAGACUAAGGUCAGUCGUGAUCUUGUUCUGUGCAACCAGGAUGAACGGGCAUCAGUGGUGCGUCAUCAAGGAGAACUACAGCAACAAACAAAGCAGAAAAGCUACAAGGUAGUAGAAGAGCAAGAGACAGCAGCUCAUUCUUCUACACCAAGAAGUAGUCACCGAACAAAGGAAGGAAAUUUUUACAAGACCACGUCGUCAAAAGUCAAGAGCAGUAGAGGUGCUAAUCGUGCAGUUCCAGCAGCUUCUUUCCAAGCAAAAAAUAGAAUCAUGACAAAUGCUAACGCUCUUCCCUGUAACUUUUCCGAAAACAUUCAUGACCUCCACAGAGCGCUUGCUGAUACGAAAACGAAGAGGACGCGGAUGCCAGUCCCAUUGCUCACAAAUUACAAAGUAGACGCUGGUGCGGUUCCUGGUCCACUAAUUGAUCGAGCGGGAGCUUCUCAUGAAGAUCAAGCGCAACAUACAAAUAGAAAACAACAACCUGCUCCUAGUCCUCCACUAGAUCGACCUAUUCUAUUGCGAAAGAUGACGCCGAUGCUGGUUUCUACAUCACCGAAACGGACUAGCACCUCCCCGAGUCGAAAACAUAGAGCACAAUAACUCGCGCCUCGUUUACUUCUCACGUGUCGUCGUGGUCAUUGUGACUCAACUAAGCGAACAAGGAGAGUAUUCACAAUCACAAAUAACAUCUGCAAAAACAACGUUUAGAUCACGAGUGAGAUCAAGAGUUUCUUGUUUUCGUAUUAAAGUCAACAAAUUAAAAGAUGUCACCAGCUCUUAAUAUCAAUCUUGUUUUACUACGAGAACUUCAUCUAAAAUUAGAAGUUUUACUUCCAGGACGAGUCAAGGCCUCCGCUCACUCAUCGCAAUCUAGAUCAUUGCAUAGAGAAGAUCUUCUCCACAUGCAUGAAAAAAGAACGAAAAUAUACUAUAGCACGCAUGGCGCAUGGAGUAGCAUGGAGUGCAUGGAGCGCAGAGCUUUAAGGGGCGGAAGAAGCUCCCCCUUUAGCUCCAUGCUACUCCAUGUGAUCCAUGCACUCCAUGCCAUGCGAGCUGUGGAGCCUUACAAAUUGCUCUGAUAUAGUACUCUGACGAUCCGACAAAGUUGAGGUUGUAAAAGUAGAAUUUACAAUAGCAUUGUACACUCAACACAGAUAAAAGGGACCACUUCAUCACAAGUGAGUGGUCGCAAGUAUGCGGCAAUGAAGUGAGACAGAAAAAGGAAUAAAAAGCCGAAGGAGCGGGAGCAAAAAGGACUAAGCUUCCUUCUACAUUUGACGUAUUGCAUUUUUUGCAGUGAGAAGUAGAAAUCUUUUUGCAUUUGCAGCGUCUGUCGGUGAAGCGUGUAUUUUCAACGUUUUGUUACAAAUAUAAUUGCCAGCAGAUUUAUAAAUAUGAAUCUAUCUUCACCAUGAUCACCGGAUUUUUGCCAACUUGCGCGUACGACGAGGAGCCUGCACAUAAACUCAAAUGACCUGGCUUGUGCAUAUUUCUAGCAUUUCUUUCUCAUAUAGUUGCAAUAAAUUUUGUUUUGCUUUCACUACAAGAAAAAAUGAGCGACAAACCGGACUUUUUAGCUUUGCUGUAGCACGAAGCAUGUUU